AUGACUUCUCCAACUCCCCCAAAUCAGCAUCAACCCUGCUGCCACCUCUUCCGCCUCCCCCUCGAGCUCCGCCAACACAUCUACAGCUUCCUCAUCCCCGCAGAAACCAACUUCACUCCCAUUCCCGCCGCAGGCAUCAAUUCCGUCAACUAUCGACCGCCCUCCUUGUCCCUUUUGACCAUCCAUCCUACCAUCACCGCAGAAAUUCUCAAUGACUUUUACAGUCUUUCCACGUGGAAAAUUGUCUGCGGCCACUCGUAUAAUUACUUCCGCAUCGAUCCUGAGCUGAUGCAUUUGGAACGGAGUCGCUGUCUGGCGCGGAUGGAGAAGGUUGAAAUGAUGUUUUUUGUCGAUGGCGAAUUCAUCCUCGACUACCCCAGCUUCGGCAUCCCACGUCUCUGCACCGAAAUCGCCAAACGAGCACACAGAGCCUGUCAAGUUCUCCUACAAGCUCCCGAAUUAAGAAUCAUAGUAGUAAGUUGGUGGGAUACGACGACGACGACGACGACGACAACGUCCGCCGCGAAGGCAGACAGCCGUGGUGGUGGUGGGGAGGAGUGGAGGUCGAAUGUUCUCGCUCCUUUGCGAAUAUUGGUAGAUGGAAAGGAGGAGGAGGAAAAGAAGAAGAAUUCUUCUUCUUAUUCGAAGAGGAGAUUGAGAUUUGAGGUGGGAAGUGUGAAUUCUGCGGAAGAAUUUGGUCGGGAGGAAUUCGCUGGUGCGUUGAGGGGAGUUAUUGGGGAGGGGAUGGUGGAGGUGCGGAAUUUAGGUAAGUAG